AUCCCGAAACCCUACUGUAUCAUCUCUCUUUCCUUCUUCCUUUCAAAUUGCAGGUUUCCGGCGAAGAUUUUGAACGUGGAAUUAGUUUUUCCGGCGACGACGGAUUUCGAUUUCCAUGGCGGCUCGUGAAAAUGAAGAAGGAAGUACAUCGAUGGUGAAGAAGAAGCGAAAUCUACCUGGAAUGCCUGAUCCGGAGGCAGAGGUGAUUGCGUUAUCGCCGAAGACUUUGUUAGCGACGAACAGAUUCGUAUGUGAGAUCUGUAACAAAGGAUUUCAGCGUGAUCAGAACUUACAACUUCAUCGACGAGGACAUAACUUACCUUGGAAGCUCCGGCAACGUACGAACAAUGAAAUCAGGAAGAAAGUGUACGUGUGUCCUGAAUCGAGUUGUAUUCAUCACGAUCCGAAACGAGCACUUGGAGAUCUGACUGGAAUUAAGAAACACUUCUGCCGUAAACACGGCGAGAAGAAAUGGACCUGUGAGAGAUGCUCGAAGAAAUACGCUGUUCAAUCUGAUUGGAAAGCACAUAUGAAAAUCUGCGGCACUAAGGAGUAUCGAUGCGACUGCGGAACUCUAUUUUCUAGGAGAGACAGUUUCAUCACUCACAGAGCUUUCUGCGAUGCUUUGGCUCAUGAGAAUUCACAAACCGUUCCUCCGCCUCCGGUUCCGUCUCCGGCGCCGGCGCCGGCAACGGCAACUGCACCGGCAACUGCACCGGCGGCUUCUUCAUCAUCCAGUCCUCCACCGCCGCCUCUUACUCCUCCUUCUACCAAUGUUCUAUCUCCAGUACUGUCAAUUCAAAGCUCAGAUGCGCCAGACCAAACUCAAAUCCCUCUUGUUCCGGAGCCGGAGCCGGCGCCGGCGCUGGCCUUGACCUCAUCUUCACAUCAAGAUGUGAAUGCCUCUGCUAUCUAUGCUCAAUUUAAUCCGGCGGUGGCACCACCGCCUCUCCCGUCGCCGUCAUCAUUCGAGGAGAUGUUUUGUGAUGUGGUUGUGAACACUACUAAUCGAAGCAAUACCCAGAUAGAAUUACCUGUAUCUCUGUCUCUAUCACCAACCUUUCAAUUCAUUAGUAAUGGUGCAAGUUCGUCUCUAUUCAGAAACAUACCCGAUCAGAACCGUCACUCCGGGAGGUGUUACAUUCAAGCUCCGGCGACUCACCAACCUGCAGCAAUGUCAGCCACUGCUUUACUACAAAAAGCAGCUCAAAUGGGAUCAACCGUAUCAAGUUCCUCCUUUCUUUGUGGGCUUGGGUUUGGCAAUCGAUCAACCCCAUCUGAGAAUCAGAUCGAACUCAUCGAUUCACAAAGACCCAAUAAUCAUAAUAACAUUAUUUAUGCCAUCCCGAAAACAGAAACCGAUCUGAUUCUUCCCUCCUCCGCCGCCGGCGGAGGAACCUUCUCAUUCAAUGGAAAUGGGCCGACAACUCUUGAUCUUCUCGGACUCGGAAUUGGCGUCGGUGUUGGUGUUGGUGUUGGUGUUGGUGGUGGUGGUGGUGGUGGUGGGGAAGCGAGUCGUGGGUUUUCUGCGUUGAUGACAUCGAUGAAUGGGGGUUUAAGCAGUAGUGGUAUUGGUCUUGACGUCGCCGGCGGUAAUGGUUCUGGUUUCCGGGGAGUGGAGUCCGGCGAUCAUCAUGAAGGUUGGAAAGGUAAUGGUGCAUCUGAAAUGAAGUCUUAUUUUGAAUAAGGUAAUUAGUUUCUUUUUGCAUGACUUUAGAGAUGCUUUCUAUUUUUUUUGUUGGGAUUUGGUACUUAUGCAUAGCUUUGCUAUUUUAAUUUAUUCAUUACAUUAGAAUAUUUAUAAUAAUGAUUAUUGACUUCA